UGGAAACGGGGCAUUAGAUGGCACUGCGUGAUGAAAAGUAACGCGUUUUAUAUGCCGAGUUAUAAAGUUUGAAAGGCAACUUUUGUCGCUGAGCUACAAUGGGACUCCCCACUUUGGAGUUCAGUGACUCUUUUUUGGACAGUCCGGACUUCAGAGAGCGUCUCAAAUGCCAUGAAAUAGAGCUGGAGCGGACGAAUAAAUUCAUCAAAGACCUCAUCAAGGAUGGGAAUAUGCUAAUCACUGCGCUGAAGAAUCUCUCCACUGCCGUACAGAAGUUCUCCCAGUCCCUGCAGGAGUUCCAGUUUGAAUGCAUAGGUGAUGCAGAGACAGAUGACGAGGUGAACAUUGCCCAGUCAUUCAAAGAGUUCGCCGAGCUGUUGAAUACUGUCGAAGAAGAAAGAAGACGCUUGAUUCAGAACGCGGAUGAUGUUUUGAUCACUCCCUUGGAAAAAUUUCGGAAGGAGCAAAUUGGUGCCGCGAAGGAAGGAAAGAAGAAAUUCGAUAAGGAAACAGAGAAAUACUAUUCCACACUUGAGAGACACCUCAACUUGUCAUCCAAAAAGAAGGAAGCAUAUCUGCAGGAGGCUGACACGCAGAUUGAUAAGGAGAGACAACUCUUCUACGAUGCCUCCCUUGAGUAUGUUUUCAAAAUACAGGAAGUGCAAGAAAAGAAGAAAUUUGAGUUUGUCGAGCCACUCCUGGCCUUUCUUCAGGGUUUGUUUACAUUCUACCAUGAAGGAUACGAGCUGGCUCAUGAAUUUGAGCCGUACAAACAGCAGCUCCAGUUCAACCUACAGAACACACGGAACAACUUUGUGAGCACCAAGCAGGAAGUGGAGAAGCUGAUGAAGAGGAUAAGGUCUGCAGAUCAGGACUAUAAACCCCCAGGCCAGUGGACGAUGGAAGGCUUCCUGUAUGUCCAGGAGAAACGUCCUCUGGGAUGCACAUGGACACGUCACUACUGCACAUAUGAGAAAGGCAGCAAGACCUUUACGAUGAGCAACACUGAAACUAAGUCGGCUGGGAAACAGAACGGGCUUGUUGUGAACCAGCCAGAGAUGUUCAAGCUCAAAUCCUGCAUUCGGAGGAAAACUGACUCCAUCGAUAAGCGUUUCUGCUUUGAUAUCGAAGUGGUGGAGAGAAAUGACAUCUAUCGUGGAACUCUUUUCAGACCACUUCAGUUUUUCUGUAAAGUCCGGCAUGGCGUUAUGACACUGCAGGCACUGUCAGAGUCCAACAGAAGAUUGUGGCUAGAGGCCAUGGAUGGCAAGGAGCCGAUUUACAACCUCCCUGCCAUACUGAGCAAAAAGGAAGAGACACUUCUUAAUGAGGCGGGCUUUAACUUUGUGAGGAAAUGCAUUGACCUGGUGGAGAUGAGAGGUCUAAAUACGAUGGGACUAUACCGGAUUGGAGGGGUCAACUCCAAAGUACAGAAGCUGAUGACCACAGUCUUUGCUUCCAAGGCACCUGUGGAUAUGGACUUGGAUCCAGAGACGUGGGACAACAAAACUAUCACCAGCGGUCUGAAGAAUUACCUCAGGUGUCUCUCUGAGCCUCUAAUGACCUUCAAGCUCCACAAAGAUUUUAUCAUGGCUGUCAAGUCAGAUGACCAGAACUACAGGGUGUGUGCUGUCCAUGCCUUGGUUCAUAAGCUGCCCGAGAGGAACAAGGAAAUGCUGGAGCUGCUAAUAAAACACCUCGUCAUAGUUUCCACCCAGAGCAAGUUCAACCUGAUGACAGUGUCCAACCUGGGUGUCAUCUUUGGGCCCACCCUGAUGAGGUCUCAAGAGGAGACUGUGGCAGCGAUGAUGAACAUCAAGUUCCAAAACAUUGUGGUGGAAAUACUCAUCGAGAACUGCAACAAAAUCUUCCACCAGCCUCCGGACCCCAAUGUGCCCCUGCCUCAACCCCAGAGCCGGCCUGGCUCCCGCAGAAGCAGAGCCAUCUGUCUGUCCACUGGGCCCAGGAAACCACGCAGCAUCUACACCCCAACACUGUGCCUCGCAGAUGCAGAAAGUGACACUUUCAGUAGCAGUCCAAGCAGCACCCCCAUGGGCAGCAUGGAGUCUCUGUCCUCCCACUCCUCUGAGCAGAACAGCUCCUCCAAAACAGCCUCCUGUGCUCAGGUCAAGGACAAGUCGCUGCUGGACCUCCGCCGAAUGUCAUCACAGCUCUCAAAUGGCCCCAGGAGCACGGUGUGUGUCAGCAGCCCAGAGUCCAGCUCCAGGGAGGAUGCAGGGCGUACAGAUGGAGAAUCAGAGGAUGCUCUCAGUGUGUCCUCAGUCAGCACCACACCCAGGCUGUCUCCUGCACCCAAAAAAGCACCACACAGCCACUUUGACCUCAGGCCACGACUGCUGAACCGCUCUGCUGCUCCCUCUCUCAAAUCACUGCAUAUAUCUGAAGGCCACAGGAGCUGCUCUGGAUCUGCCCAAAAUCUGUCAACACUGGAGUCCAAAGAGAGUUUAAAGCCUACUGAGCAUCCAGACCUUCCACCAAAACAAGUGCUCCGCCGCAGGAUGGACACCUCAGCCAGCAACGGCUACCAAAGACCUGGCUCAGUGGUUGCUGCCAGAGCACUGCUUUUUGAAAAUGCCUCUUCCCCACAGUCUGUACCAGUUGGAAGAGAUGCUAAGGCGAUGUAUUCCUGUGAAGCAGAGCACAGCCAUGAGCUAAGCUUCCCCCAGGGGGCGCACUUCUCAAAUGUCUACCCUUCUGUUGAACCAGGCUGGCUCCAAGCAACUUAUGAGGGAAAGACAGGUUUAAUCCCUGAGAACUAUGUUGUCUUCCUCUAGAAACAUUGAAUAUUUUUCAUGGUAUCCAUGGGAAAAAAAUCAUGUUUUUUGGUUUAUGUUGUUGUUGUUCUAAUUAUUGCUGGUAUCAUGUAUGUCAUGUCUGUAUUGUAUGCAUUUCUAGCAGAUACCAAACAGAGCAGUAACUGCUAAAACAGUGCUAGAAGUUCAAGCUCCAUUUUUUUUGUAAUGAAUUAAUUCUCAAAUGUUUGGGGAUUCUGCAGCUAGCCAGUAGUUAAGAGGACGUAGGUAUGGCAUGAUUGCUCUUACCUACAUGUAAAUACAGUAUAUUACCCAUGGACUGCACAGAUGUUUUUAGGCCCAGUAUUAGCCUACAGAAUCACAAAACAAGCACAUCCCAUUUCACAAGUUUUAUUCUCAGAAAUAUAUUAUCUUUUAACUUCCCACUAUAUCAAUGUAACACUCAAGUUGAUAAUGGAAAUCUGUAGUUUGAUAAACAUUUUGUAAUAACUGUAAUUGAACAAACUGUGAUUUAAAAUAAGGAUACUUAUCUAAUCAAUUAGAAAGAACAUAAUGAGUUUGCACCUUAACUUUAAUGUUUUUGGCCUGUGAUUAUUGUUCAUCUACUGAACCUGCUCACUGCUGCAGUGCACUUUCUGGUUAGCUUAACAGUACUGUACUGUACAUUAAUGCUCUUGAGUUUUUCUGUAAAUGCUAAUUAAAAAUAUUCACUUCUCCUAACAGUUUAUUACUAUAAAUUAUCACAUCAAAUAUAUUUCAUAUGUUAAAAAAAGUGAUUUUUUUAUUGUGUUGAAUGCUAUUUUUAUGAGGUGAAGGCUUCACCUUUAAUACCUGUUGUGUUACUGUGGUACACUGGUGGUACAAGCAAUGACAACAAGACAUGUAUUCUCUAUUACUGUAACAACAUUUCAAAAAUACAAAGUUCAUAGCCAUCCAAAAAGUUAACUUAAGUGAUACAGUUUCAGAAAAUGAAAAAGAUUAAAGAGAGAAAACAAUCAUCAAGCUUUUUGCCCUUUGGUUAUUACAAACUGAAAAGGCCUUUAGCUGGGCCACGAAAAAUGUAUUUGGGGAGUUAUUUGAGAAUGUGCACUCGCCAAGAUCAUGAUGUUCUUUUCCAUUUACAUCUAUGAGAAUGUGAGGUGGCCUUGGACAGCGAUGCCGGGAUAAUACUCCCUUACAGUCUUAACAUGCACGGGAAUAUCACGGAAAUUAUAUCUACAUCCUGAAUGUGCAACAUUUGGCAUUCUAUUUUGUUUUUCUUUUUGUAUGGCAAGCUUGUUUCCUUGCAAUCAUCUACUGUGUCUUGACGUUGUAUUAGCAUGUCUAUAAAUAAACAGCAUGAUUUAUUAGACCUAUGG